GGAAGAAGAAGCAGCAGAGUCUGGAUUCUUGGAUCAAGUUCACGCUCCUCCGUGUACCAUGGCCUUUCUCUGCCGAAGUGCCGCCGUGCUGCUGAAGCCCUGCCGGGCCGCUCCGGCCGUCGUGUCCGCAGCUCGCCUCUACAGCUCGGGUGGUCAGUAUGAGUACAUCGUGGUGGAGAAACGAGGCGAGAACAAAAAUGUGGGUUUCAUUCAGCUGAACCGCCCGAAGGCUCUGAACGCCCUGUGUGACGGCCUGAUGACGGAGAUGGGAAAGGCGCUGGACGCUUUCGAGGCCGACGGUGACGUUGGCGCCAUCGUCAUCACUGGCAGUGAGAGAGCUUUUGCAGCCGGUGCUGACAUCAAAGAAAUGCAGAAUCGAACCUUCCAGGAGAAUUACAGUGGAAACUUCCUGGCUCACUGGAACAGAGUGUCCACAGUGAGGAAGCCUGUGAUCGCAGCUGUCAACGGAUUUGCUCUGGGCGGCGGCUGUGAGUUGGCGAUGAUGUGCGACAUCAUCUACGCCGGUGAGAAAGCACAGUUUGGUCAGCCUGAGAUCCUGCUGGGGACCAUUCCCGGGGCGGGCGGCACCCAGCGGCUGACUCGCGCUGUGGGCAAAUCCCUUGCUAUGGAGUUGGUCCUGACAGGAGACAGAAUCGGGGCUCAAGAGGCCAAGCAGUCGGGUUUGGUGAGCAAAGUGUUUCCGGCGGACCAGUUGGUGUCUGAAGCUAUUAAAUGUGGGGAGAAAAUUGCAUCCAACUCCAAGCUGAUCUCUGCGAUGGCUAAAGAGGCUGUGAAUGCAGCGUUUGAGCUGACCUUGGCUGAGGGCAAUCGCCUGGAAAAGCGUUUAUUCCAUGCUACUUUUGCAACAGAUGAUCGGAAAGAAGGCAUGACCGCCUUUGUAGAGAAGAGAAAGGCCAGCUUCCAGGACAAGUAGAACAUAAAAAGUUGAGCCAAGAACUUGUGGUUCCUGCUAGCACCGGGGUCACUUCCUUUAUCUGCACCAUGCUGAACGAUGCUAUAAUCAUGGCGGUCGAGGAGUAUCACUAUUCAGAUUGGACUAAGCUUGCACCAGAAUGAAAUGCAGUGCUCGUGCAGGUGGUUUGUGUGCGGCGAUGAUUCAAUAACCGUUGUAACAAAUGUCUAACAAAACAAAGUAGCCCUCAUGAUUUGUACGAACUUUUCCUUCACAUUUGUCACAUGGUUGCUGCAUUUUGUUUGCAGUAUUUUUUGUGUACAUUUUACAAAUAAAGCUCUAAAGUGCUUCGCAGCACUGUAAUGAAGUGGA